AUGCCUCCACGCCUACGGCUGCGCUCUCUCGCGCAGCUGGCAGAUCUGCAGCUCCAGCGACCUGCAUACACUUGCGGCCGAUGCCAGUAUGCGACUGCUGUCGCCACGACACCGGCGUCGUCUGAUACACAAUUCCAGUCAUCGAUACCUCCAGUGUCACGAUACCCGGCCGUCCAGCCUCCGUCACACCGAAGUCCUCUACAGCGAAAGUCGCAGCUCCUUCGAUCCUACGUCUCCCUUCUCCAGACCACGCCUCUGAUCGUCUUAUUCCAACACAGCAAUCUCAAAGCCGCCGAAUGGGUAGGCAUCCGACGCGAACUCAGGUCCGCACUCCGAAAGAUCGAUGAGCAACUCGCCAAGCAAGGAACACCGCCGGAAGACUUGAUUGCGGAUUACAUCAAAUUUGAGGUCAUCAAGACAAAUAUCUUUGAACCGGCCCUUCGUGUUGCCGAGUACUUCAACCCGGGAGAACUUGCACCUCAGUCGAUCGAUGGAUCGGAUCCCGCCUUGACCCACGCGCUGUCUGAAGCAGCAUACCGAGUCGCCAGCGAACACAAAGGCGAGCAUCCUCUGACUCCUGUGCUGGCCGGGGCAGUUGCCAUCUUGACCUUCCCGGCCGUCUCUCCCGUGCACCUGAAAACAGCUUUCUCUGUCCUCUCACCCAAGGCCCCAACUUUCCCGGCGCCUACCCGCCGUGCCGCGCCAUCGUACUACGAUCCUCCGGUCCAAGAUGGACUGAAGAAGCUGUUGAUCCUGGGGGCGCGCAUCGAUGGCCAAAUCUUUGAUUCAGAAGGUACCAGAUGGGUUGGAAGUAUCGAGGGCGGAAUUGGUGGCCUGCGUGCCCAAUUGGUGGCUCUCCUGCAAGGAUUCGGCGUCGGACUCACCAGCACCCUGGAAAGCGCGAGCAGGAGUUUGUGGUUCACCAUGGAGAGCCGAAGAAAUAUGUUGGAAGAGGAGGAGAAGCCAAAAGACGAGAACAAGCAAUGA